AUGACCCAGGCUUCCUCCACCCGCACCAAGACCCGGGCUUCCCCCACCCGCACCAUGACCCUGGCUUCCCCCACCCGCACCAUGACCCUGGCUUCCCCCACCCGCACCAUGACCCAGGCAUCCCCCACCCGCACCAUGACCCUGGCUUCCCCCACCCGCACCAUGACCCAGGCAUCCACCACCCGCACCAUGACCCUGGCUUCCCCCACCCGCACCAUGACCCUGGCUUCCCCCACCCGCACCAUGACCCAGGCAUCCCCCACCCGCACCAUGACCCUAGCUUCCCCCACCCGCACCAUGACCCAGGCUUCCUCCACCCGCACCAUGACCCAGGCUUCCUCCACCCGCACCAUGACCCAGGCUUCCUCCACCCGCACCAUGACCCAGGCUUCCUCCACCCGCACCAUGACCCAGGCUUCCUCCACCCGCACCAUGAACCUGGCUUCCCCCACCCGCACCAUGACCCAGGCUUCCUCCACCCGCACCAUGACCCAGGCUUCCUCCACCCGCACCAUGACCCAGGCUUCCUCCACCCGCACCAUGACCCAGGCUUCCUCCACCCGCACCAUGACCCUGGCUUCCCCCACCCGCACCAUGACCCAGGCUUCCUCCACCCGCACCAUGACCCAGGCUUCCCCCACCCGCACCAUGACCCAGGCUUCCCCCACCCGCACCAUGACCCAGGCUUCCUCCACCCGCACCAUGACCCAGGCUUCCUCCACCCGCACCAUGACCCGGGCUUCCUCCACCCGCACCAUGACCCAGGCUCCCCCCACCCGCACCAUGACCCAGGCUUCCUCCACCCGCACCAUGACCCGGGCUUCCUCCACCCGCACCAUGACCCAGGCUUCCUCCACCCGCACCAUGACCCAGGCUUCCUCCACCCGCACCAUGACCCAGGCUUCCUCCACCCGCACCAUGACCCGGGCUUCCUCCACCCGCACCAUGACCCAGGCUUCCUCCACCCGCACCAUGACCCUGGCUUCCCCCACCCGCACCAUGACCCAGGCUUCCUCCACCCGCACCAUGACCCAGGCUUCCCCCACCCGCACCAUGACCCGGGCUUCCUCCACCCGCACCAUGACCCAGGCUUCCUCCACCCGCACCAUGACCCAGGCUUCCCCCACCCGCACCAUGACCCGGGCUUCCCCCACCCGCACCAUGACCCGGGCUUCCCCCACCCGCACCAUGACCCGGGCUUCCCCCACCCGCACCAUGACCCGGGCUUCCUCCACCCGCACCAUGACCCGGGCUUCCUCCACCCGCACCAUGACCCGGGCUUCCUCCACCCGCACCAUGACCCAGGCUUCCUCCACCCGCACCAUGACCCAGGCUUCCCCCACCCGCACCAUGACCCAGGCUUCCUCCACCCGCACCAUGACCCAGGCUUCCCCCACCCGCACCAUGACCCGGGCUUCCCCCACCCGCACCAUGACCCGGGCUUCCCCCACCCGCACCAUGACCCGGGCUUCCCCACCCGCACCAUGA